AUGUCGUGCAAGUUACCGCGGGCAAAUACCCCAUAUCAAGCUCUAAGUACGGCGGACGAGAUCAGACGCGGUAAGACCAUUGUAUGGCUGAAAAGACUCUACAUACACAUCAAGGUUUCAGCUAACGUCAGUCGAUUCUUUUCAUCCGUGCCCACUUAUCGACCGCAAUGCAAUGCAUAUUCGAGUUCACAAAAUAGAUGCACUUGUAUCUCCAAGCCUGAAUUUCUACCAAUGGAAAUCGCCACGAAUCAUUUAUAUGAAUAGCUUGAUUCUUGAAUACUUCUGAGAUAACUGUGUAAA